ACAAAAAAAAAAACUCGUCAACCAAAAAUUUUUAACUAGUCUUUGUCAAUAGAUCAUAAGAUCACGACUCGACGUUGCUAGUGCUAAAUUUAAUAUUAAAAAAAUUGGGAGGGAAAGUGUUGUAAUUUUCGGCGAAUAAUGGCGCGGUGGUGGUGGAAAUCAGCGGUGGUUGUAGCAAUAACCGCCUUAUUAAUAAGAUCCUACGGCGGCGGCGGAGAAUUAAUCGGAAUUGGAUUUGAUAAAGAAUCAUUCAUGAAAUGGAUGAGAGAUUUAUCUGAUAAAUUAGGGAUUUGGGCGAUUCCUCUUUACAUUUCAAUUCACACUAUUUCCAUUGCUCUUUGUUUACCUUCUGCUAUUUUCCUUGAAACUGCUGCUUCUCUUCUCUUCGGUUUCUUACCUUCUGUUCUCUGUGUUUUCUCCGCUAAGAUCCUCGCCGCUUCUCUCUCUUUCUCCAUUGGCAGGUUAAUAUUCAGGAAUUCAAGCUCAGCAAUGGAUUGGGCACGAAGGAACAAAUAUUUUAAAAUCCUUUCCAACGGAGUUGCGCGUGAUGGUUGGAAGUUUGUUCUUCUUGCCCGCUUCUCACCCGUGCCUUCAUAUAUCAUUAACUAUACCUUAGCUGCUACCGAAGUUAGGUUCUUUUUGGAUUUUCUUCUUCCCACCAUUGUCGGAUGCGUCCCCAUGAUCUUGCAGAAUACAUCUAUUGGAAGCCUUGCCGGUGCAGCUGUUGCUUCAGCAUCCGGCACUAAGAAAUCUCAAUUUUGGUCCUACUUUUUCCCCAUAGUUGGUAUUUUAUCUAGUGUACUUAUUUCUUUAAGAAUUAAAAAGUAUUCAUCCCAAAUUUCAGUACCGGAAAUCUCUUCGGACAAAGAUAACACUGACAAAGAUAACAUCGUUGAAUCAAAACAGCAAAAGUAAAAUUGUCUAGUACUGAAGAGACUGUAUCUUUUAUAAGCAAAUGUUAGAAUGUUAGUAAAUUGGUGGAUGGUUAGUACUCAUUAACGGUCCUUCAGUUUACCAAUCGAACUCUCUGUUUGUGACAAUAGUGAAGAGACUUCAAUUUUUGUAUAAUUGUCAAAUUUGUUGUUGUUAGUAUUAACAUUUACAGUAUAUGAUUUUAAUUCCUA